AUGCCCAGGCCUAACCAGGGUGCUGAAGAGGCAGAUGCGAGCGGAAGUCCUUCGUAACCGAUCCUGAGCGGGUAGAAUCUAUUAGGGGGUUCUAGGUGCAUUGGGGUGACUGUCUGCUUUCACCAAGAUGACACUCCACACCACCCGGGCAGCUGCACUCCUCUCUUGGGUAAACAGUCUGCGUGUGGCUGACCUAGUGGAAGCCAUUCCACAGCUCCAGGACUGCAGUGUCUUCAUCAAGAUCAUUGACAGCAUCUGUGGCACUGAAGAGGGGCAGCAAAUCCUGCAGCAGCCGGUGCCAGAGAGAUGGGAUUUUGUGUGCGGUUUCCUACAGAAAAAUCGAAAACGUCCCUCUUCCCCAGAAUGCCUUGUAUCCAUGCAGAAUGCGAUGGAGGGGUCAGAACUGGAACUGGCCAAGAUAAUCAUGCUGCUCUUAUACCACUCUUCCAUGAGCUCCCUAAACCUCCGGGACUGGGAACAGUUUGAUUAUAGGGUUCAGGCCGAGUUAGCCGUCAUCCUUAAGUUUAUGCUGGACCAUGAGGAUGGGCUGAACCUGACUGAGGACCUAGAGAUCUUCUUGCAGAAAGUGUCUGUCUCUUCCACCUGUUCCAGUACCUUCUCUGAAGACCUGUCCCCACCCAGCCACCAGGCCAAGAGGGAGGUUCACUUCCUAGAGCUACAGAAGGUUGCUUCCUCUUCCAGUGGGAACAACUUCCUCUCAGGUUCUCCAGCUUCUCCCAUGGAUGACAUCCUGCAGACCCCACAGUUCCAGAUGAGACGACUGAAGAAGCAGCUUGCAGAUGAGAGAAACAAGAGAGAUGAGCUGGAGCUGGAGCUGGCCGAGCACCGCAAGCUCCUUACCGAGAAGGAUGCCCAGAUAUCCAUGAUGCAGCAGCGCAUUGACCGCCUUGCUCUGCUGAACGAGAAGCAAGCAGCCAGCCCUCUGGAGCCCAGGGAGCUUGAGGAGCUUCGAGGCAAGAAUGAGUGCCUCACUUUUCGGCUACAUGAGACUCUGAAGCAGUGCCAGGACUUGAAGACGGAGAAGGGCCAGAUGGACCGCAAGAUUAACCAGCUUUCUGAGGAGAAUGGGGACCUGUCCUUUAAGUUGCAGGAGUUUGCCAGUAACCUGCAACAACUCCAGGGUGCCCUCAAUGAACUGACCAAGGAGCACAGCAAGGCCACUCAGGAGUGGGUGGAGAAGCAGGCCCAUCUGGAGAAGGAGCUCAGCACAGCCCUGCAGGACAAGAAAUUCCUUGAAGAGAAGAAUGAAAUUCUUCAGGGAAAACUUUCACAGCUGGAAGAACGUUUGGCCCAGCUGCCAGAGAGCCCACGCCAGGAGAACGGCGAGGUGCUAGGUGAUAAUGCCCAGGUAGAAGAGCUGAGUAAGAAGCUGGCUGACUGUGACCAAGCCAGCAAGGUGCAGCAACAAAAGCUGAAGGCUUUCCAGGCCCAGGGGGUUGAGAGCCAGCAGGAGGCACAGCGCCUCCAGACCCAGCUGAAUGAGCUGCAGGCGCAGUUGAGCCAGAAGGAGCAGGCAGCUGAGCACUACAAGCUGAAGAUGGAGAGCAAGACCCAUUAUGAUGCCAAAAACCAGCAGAACCAAGAGUUACAGGAGCAGCUGCAGGCCCUCAAGCAGCUGCAGAAGGAGAACAAGGAGCUGUGGGCUGAAGCUGAACGGCUGGGCCAGGACCUGCAGCAGGCUGGGCUGAAGACCAAGGAGGCUGAGCAGACCUGCCGCCAUCUCACUGCCCAGGUUCGCAGCCUGGAGGCACGGGUUGCCCAUGCAGACCAGCAGCUUGGAGAGCUGGGUAAAUUCCAGGUGGCGUUGGAUGCCUUAAAGAGCCGCGAACCCCAGGCUAAACCUCAGCUGGACUUGAGUAUCGACAGCCUUGAUCUGAGCUGCGAGGAGGGGACCCCACUCAGUAUCACCAGCAAGCUGCCUCGUACCCAGCCAGAUGGCACCAGUGUCCCCGGAGAGCCAGCCUCACCCAUCUCCCAGCACCUGCCCCCCAAGAUAGAAUCCUUGGAGAGUUUCUACUUCACCCCCAUCCCUGCUCGGGGCCCGGCUCCCCUGGAGAGCAGUCUGGACUCCCUGGGGGAACCCUUCCUGGACUCAGGCUGAAAGACGUGCUCUGCUGGAAGGUGUACCACGCAAAUCAUCAACAUCACCAUGACCAAGAAGCUAGAUGUGGAGGAACCAGAGAGCGCCAGUUCAUCUUUCUAUAGCACUCGGUCUGCCCCUGCUUCUCAGGCCGGGCUGCGAGCCACUUCCUCUACCCAGUCUCUAGCCCGCCUGGGCUCUCCAGAUGAUGGCAACUCGGCUCUGCUCAGCUUGCCCGGCUAUCGGCCCACCACUCGGAGCUCUACUCACCGCUCCCAGGCGGAGAUGUCCAGUGGAGCCCCACCAGGAAGGAACAGCUUCUACAUGGGCACUUGCCAGGAUGAGCCUGAGCAGCUGGACGACUGGAACCGGAUUGCAGAGCUGCAGCAGCGCAACCGAGUAUGCCCCCCGCACUUGAAGACAUGCUAUCCCCUGGAGUCCAGCCCCUCCCUUGGCCUGGCCACCAUCACAGACGAGGAGAUGAAAACCGGAGACCCUCAGGAGACUCUGCACCAAGCCAGCAUGCGGCCAGGCCAGAUUGCUGAGGGUGCUGGUAUCACUACCCGGCAGCAGCGUAAACGGCUGUCGUCAGAGACCCACCAGGGUCCUGGCACCCCCGAGUCUAAGAAGGCCACCAGCUGUUUCCCACGCCCUAUAACUCCCGGGGACCAACAUGAAGGGUGCAAACAGAGCACUACUGAGACCCAGAAGAAAGCAGUUCCAGCCGUUAAGCAGGCUGAUCGGCGCCAGUCAAUGGCUUUCAGCAUCCUCAACACACCUAAGAAGCUGGGGAGUAGUCUUCUUCGGCGAGGGGUCUCAGAGAAGGCCCCAGCCAAAGCCUCCCCCAACCGCUCUCCACGCAUUGCUACCUCCACAGCCAGUGCCGCCACCGCCACUCCUCAGGCCAGGGUCAAGGCAAAGCACUAA